UCUGCCGCUGUGCUCAGAAACAUGGCGACCUACAGCAGCCUCUCAGCUCUGUUUCCACUUCAGAGCCAGUUAGACUACGGGCUGGAGGACGCAGCUACGCCAGAGGAGAAGGAGAAGCUUGUCUUACAGUACUUAAGAAAGCUGGAUGAAAGGGAAGACUUGAGGGUUCCUGAUUUUGAGCCAGGACUCGAAUGGCUGAACACUGAGGGCCCUCUGUCUCUGCAAAAGGAGCUGGCAGGGAAAGUGGUGGUGCUGGACUUCUUCACCUACUGCUGCAUCAACUGCGUGCACCUACUGCCUGACUUGCACCAACUGGAGCAACUUCACACUGUUAAAGAUGGCCUGGUUGUUGUAGGUGUUCAUUCAGCAAAGUUCCCUAAUGAGAAGGUUCUACAGAAUGUGUGCAGCGCAGUGCUCAGGUAUAGCAUCACCCACCCAGUCGUGAAUGACAGUGAUGCACGGCUAUGGCAGGAGUUGGAGGUGGCUUGCUGGCCCACCUUGGUGAUUUUGGGCCCCAGGGGAAACCUGCUCUUCUCUCUGGUGGGUGAAGGCCACCGAGAAAGCCUCUUCCUCUAUACGGCUGCUGCUCUUAAGCACUAUAAAGAGCAGGGCCUGCUCCGAGACCAUGCUGUGGGAAUAAAACUCUACAGGGACUCCUUAUCCUCAUCCAUCCUCUCCUUCCCUGGAAAGGUGGCAGUGGAUCCCAACAGCAAGAAGCUGGCCAUUGCAGAUACAGGGCACCACAGGGUUCUGGUGGUUUCCAAUACUGGAAACAUCCUACACAGUGUAGGGGGAUCUAGAAGUGGAUGGAAGGAUGGGAGCUUGUCUGAGGCAUUGUUCAGCUCUCCUCAAGGAGUAUUCAUAAAGGGAGACACCGUGUUUGUGGCUGACACAGAGAACCAUCUGAUCAGGAAGAUUGACCUUUCAAAGGGAAGAGUCACCACCUUAGCUGGCAUUGGAGUACAAGGCACAGACAAGGAGGGCGGGGCAAUGGGACCACAGCAGCCAAUCAGCUCCCCCUGGGAUGUAGUCCUUGGCUCUGUGGGUGGUAUGGAGGAUAACGUGUUGUGGAUUGCCAUGGUGGGGACGCAUCAAAUCUGGGCUGUGUUCCUGGAGGAUGGGAAGCUGCCCAAAGGAAGUGAGUAUGGAAAAGGCACGUGUGUGCGUUUUGCAGGCAGCGGAAAUGAGGAGAACAGGAAUAAUGCAUACCCACAUAAGGCUGGCCUGGCUCAGCCCUCAGGUCUUGCCCUUGCCCCCAGCCAGCCGUGGAAUUGCCUCUUCAUCGCCGACAGUGAGAGCAGCACCAUCAGAAGUCUGUCGUUGAGCGAUGGGGCUGUCAAGCACGUGGUGGGAGGCGAGAGAGACCCUUUGAAUCUUUUCGCCUUUGGAGAUGUGGAUGGUAAAGGUGUAGACGCCAAGCUCCAGCAUCCAUUAGGAGUGGCCUGGGAUGCAAGCGGCAGCCUGUUGUAUGUGGCCGACUCUUACAACCACAAGAUCAAAGUAGUGGACCCUAAGACUAAGCAGUGCAGGGUGCUAGCAGGCACUGGUGAAGCGAGCGAUGUGUUUGGCCCAGGCUUCACAGAAUCCAGCUUUAACGAGCCUGGAGGCCUGUGUGUGGCUGAGGGGGGCAAGGUGCUGUACGUAGCGGACACCAACAACCAUCACAUCAAAGUGCUGGACCUGGAGACAAAAACUGUCUCCCUGUUUCCUAUUUCAGUGGAGGAAGUGGAUGCUCUUCAUAUCACUACUGCCCCUACCACUGCAGUCAGAAAGGUUCCCAAGCUGCCUAAGUCAGCCCCUGUGCUCAGUAUGACUGCACUGCCAGUGUCAGCAGGGCAGGACAUCAGUAUGAACCUCAGCCUGACUUUACCUGCUGGGACCAAACUGACCAAAGAGGCCCCCAGCUUCUGGAGUCUGUCUGCUGAAGGUAAUGAGUGGUUACUGGAAGGACAGGCUGUGACUGGUGACAUCGCCGAUCUAUCCCAGCCUCUCUCCAUCACCUGCUCUGUCCCAGCUCAGCCUCAGUCCACAGACCCUGUGCUAACCCUCAGCGCCUGGAUCUAUUGCUGCCUCUCAGAGGGAGGCGCCUGCAUGAUGAAAGUGGUGUCCUUUACGCAGCCUCUGCUUAUUGGCUCAGAACGCAAGAACGGCACUGUUGCCGUGAUGCUAACACAUGCUUUCUGAAACAAGCACUUGUCAUUUUACAGUUUUGUCUUUAUUUUGCACAGCGUGUAGCUACAAAUACUGUAACGCGUUCCCAACCCUGGUGCUGGAGUCUUCCUGCCCUGUAUAUUUUGGUUUUGUCUUCACUACUGUGUCCAGUCCAACUAAGCAGCAAAAUAAGGUGGGGUGAUUUUAAAGCGAGGAAACCACUAAGGUACACAGAACAGGGGCUACCCGAGGACAAGGAUUGAGAAACGCUUGUGUAACACACAUAUAAAGCAAAGAAUUAAAUUUAUGUUACAUACAUACACAUUAGGGAUGCACCAGUACAUACAGGAAUUUUGGGCCAGUGUCGCUCUCUGGUAUUUUGUACAUACGCAUGUGUCAUCAUGCUACUGUCGAUAUAGAUGUAGAUAGAAAGUUUGUGCGCCCUGGACAAAUGUACAUGUUUUGUUGAUUGGUUGUAGUGAAAAUAAGUUAGCACACUUCUCACAUUUUCUUGCAAAGUUAUUUAUUUAUUUAUUUAUUUAUUUAUUUAUA